AUGGAUGCACUUAUUGCUUCAGCUACUGCCUUAUUCAAGGCCGCGGAUGAAGUUGGUCGACAGACUAUCCUUGAUGGUCUACGAAAUCUGUCUGUCUCCCUGGAGACGGAACAAGAUUCCAUGCAGAGGGUGCUUUACGCACAACUUCAAUUGCCCAUCGUACGCAUAGGUUGCGAUAUUAAGCUCUUCAAGAUCCUUGCAGACAGUCAUGAGGCACUAGAUAGUGCAACAUUGGCAGUCAAGACUGGUGUAGCUCCGGGGUUGAUGAGCCGGAUUCUACGAUAUCUAGCAUCGAAUGGGUACGUUGCUGAGACCGCGAAGGACAGAUUUGCCGCAAAUACCAUGACAACGCGUUUGACCGAUCCGGGGUUCGAAGGAGGCGUCUACCACAACUCUAAUACCGUUGGCCCUGCUGCCAACGCCCUUCCAGAUUAUUUGAAGAAGAGUGGCUACAAAGACGUCGACAACGUCUUCAACACUCCACUGCAGGUGGCGCAUAAGACUGACCAACCCGCAUUCAUAUGGAUGCAAGCCGACGCCGAGAGGUUCCAGUACUUCGACAAAUUCAUGAGCGUUACGCACAAAGGUCUUCCAAGCUGGCUUGACGUAUACCCUUAUCAAGAGAAGGUUGCAUCCGUCGGUCCAACUCAGCCUCUUUUCGUCGAUAUCGGAGGCGGCAUCGGUCACCAGAGUGUUGCAUUUCGUGAGAAAGUGCCAGACGUCCCCAAUACGGUCAUUCUUCAGGACGUGGAAGGGACCUUGGCCCAUGCUAUCAAGCAUCCGGGUGUUCAAAUCACCGCACACGAUUUCUGGCAGCCUCAACCAGCUGGCAGUGUAGGCGCGAAGAUAUACUAUCUCCGUAAUAUCCUGCACGAUUAUCCAGACGUCAAAGCACUGGAGCUCCUGCAAAACGUCAAAGAUGCUCUGGCUCCGGGGUCGGUAAUUCUCAUUGAUGACAUGGUAAUUCCCAAUGCGAAAGCUCACUGGCAUGCUACUCAAGUGGACAUCACGAUGAUGAGCUGUUUGGCGAGCAUGGAAAGAACGGAGGAUCAGUGGUUUGCUUUAAUCGAGAAAGCUGGUUUGAAGACGAACAAGAUCUACAAGUAUACGCAAAGCCUAGGCGACAGCAUAAUUGAAUGCGUUGUAGCGGGUGGUGACUAA